CAGCUGUCGCAGCUCCAGGUUUGUGUGCGACUCACACCGGACUGGACGGUGCGAUCAUCUGGAAAUUUUUUCACUCCGUCGAUUUUUGGUUAGGGGGGAAGCCAGCACCUGUGUCACCAUUUCCAGUUUACCAUCCUUCAAAUAUUCCGCGGAUGCAAAGAAAUGAGCGGUGAAACCAGUGCGUGGACUGUAAAUAAAGAUUCCGGCUAGCUAGCAGGUUAGCCCACCCCAAUUAAGCUAGUUAGUGCGCUUAGCUAAUUAACUUUUGGGCUUUUGGAUGCUCGAAAUCAAGUGUUCGCACUGUAGGCAGUGUUUUGUGCACACAGAGCGUCUAUAAAAGCUCAUAUGGCUGUCUUCUGCCACCUGUCGCCGUGUGUUAGCUAGAGAUCCGGGCGGCUGAUGGACAGUGUUGCGGUGAGUCUGGGCACUGGGGCGGUUAGCUUAGCGAGACAGCAAAGGACAGCACGGAUGUCGUGGCAGGCUGGUUUGUCCCUUCGGGACUCUGGUUGGUAGUCAUCAGAUUUUUUUUCAUUAAACAAAACUGGGUUCUAGCGGGUUUGAUAGUGGAGAUCUUGAGAUUCACAUCUGGCCUCCGAUCUCAUCCAGUCUUUGGCCUUGUUUGAUAGAUCCGUUCGGUCUAUUUCGCUUCAUCGAUUCUGUUUUAAACGCCAUUCGUCCCCCAAAAUCCAUCCCGUUCCUCUUUCGACGCGGUUGCUAAAGGGAAGCGGGCCGCAGAAGUGUGUCAGAUCGGGGGUUGGGAUCUCCAAACGCUGUGGUGAUGACUCUGGAGUCCAUGAUGGCCUGUUGCAUGAGUGAAGAGGCGAAGGAGUCCAAAAGAAUCAACGCCGAGAUCGACAAACAGCUCCGGAGAGACAAGCGAGAUGCCAGGCGAGAGCUCAAACUCCUCUUGCUGGGGACAGGCGAGAGCGGCAAGAGUACGUUCAUCAAACAGAUGCGCAUCAUUCACGGGACAGGCUACACCGACGAGGACAAGCGUGGUUACACCAAACUCGUCUACCAGAACAUCUUCACCUCCAUGCAGGCUAUGAUCCGCGCCACCGAGCACCUCAAGAUCCCAUUCAGAUUCGAAGACAACAAGAAAAACGCUCUGCUGGUGCGAGAGGUCGAUGUGGAGAAGGUUUGCUCUUUUGACCAGCCCUAUGUUGCUGCAAUUAAUAAGCUCUGGAUGGAUCCGGGCAUCCAGGAAGCGUACGACCGCAGGCGAGAGUACCAGCUCUCUGACUCUACUAAAUACUACCUUAACGAUUUAGAACGUAUAUCAUCUCGGGGAUACAUGCCCACCCAGCAGGAUGUACUGAGGGUCCGAGUGCCCACUACUGGCAUCAUAGAGUAUCCGUUUGACCUGGAGAAUAUAAUCUUCAGCUAUCUAAGCGAUUUGGAGCGUAUCUCAGACCCGUCGUAUCUGCCGACUCAGCAAGACGUGCUUAGGGUUCGCAUCCCUACCACAGGGAUUAUCGAAUAUCCCUUCGACUUGCAAAGCAUCAUUUUCAGGAUGGUGGAUGUCGGAGGCCAGCGAUCAGAGCGCAGGAAGUGGAUUCACUGCUUUGAGAACGUCACAUCUAUCAUGUUCCUGGUUGCCUUGAGCGAAUACGACCAGGUCCUUGUGGAAUCUGACAACGAGAAUCGCAUGGAGGAAAGCAAAGCGCUGUUUCGCACAAUCAUCACCUACCCCUGGUUCCAGAACUCCUCCGUCAUUCUGUUCCUCAACAAGAAGGACCUUCUAGAGGAGAAGAUCCUGUGCUCUCACCUGGUGGACUAUUUCCCUGAAUAUGAUGGUCCACAAAAUGACGCUCAGUCGGCCCGAGAGUUCAUCCUGAAGAUGUUCGUGGACCUGAACCCGGACAGUGACAAGAUCAUCUACUCGCACUUCACCUGUGCCACAGACACCGAAAACAUCCGCUUCGUCUUCGCGGCGGUCAAGGACACCAUCCUGCAGCACAACCUCAAAGAGUACAACCUAGUGUGAAACAGAGCGAUUAAAGAAAGAAAACAGCGAGACACCUGCAGCCCGAAAGCACUACACACCUCACAUGCAGAAACACCUUCACCCUCAUUAGGCACUGGAUCUUCACUAAGUCCUUUUCUUUGCCUGUUUUAUCUCUCCCGUCCUGGGUAUCGACCCCUCCAGUUGAUAGCUUUAUCAUCUACUCUUCCUCCAAAAACGAAGGCCGGGCUGCCAAACCGGUGCCUAAUGACAAAGAGCACUUGUUUGCUCUGUAGACGGGCUGCAGGUGGGCUCUACCUGGUACGAACUUGACGGAAAGUCUUCGGUGUUCGUCUGUAACCAAGACUGGGCGACAUUCGCGAAGGACUUCACCUCCAGUCACUGAAUUUAACCAAGUGUUAGUCGUGCAAUCACAUGCUAUAACACUAGAGGUGGAGGUGAUGAUUGAUUUAAUACUAUUUUAGGAGUGAUUUCCCAUCACUACUUGAGUACUUGGAGUACUUUUUUUUUUUUUGUAAAAUGAGGAACGAGUUUCGAAAGUGGCCACAGUGUAAUUUCAGUCCCUGAAAACACCCAGUUCGCUUCUGUAUCUGCUAAAUUUAUCAUUUAGGGAGCGAAGUGUUUUCUCACAUUUGCCAGUAUUGGGUGUUUAAUCAAGUCUAAUAAAAGGGAUCCAGCUAGUAUUCAAAGAUUUAGUAGUGGAAGAUUGUGAUUUGUUUACAUGCUUCGUCACAAAUCGGUUUUCGAAUCUGAAGGAAUCAAAUAAAACGCCUUUCCCAGUUGAUUCGUUCGAUAUCCAGUGAUUUGUAGAAAUGUUCGUUUUUGUUCUUCAACGCAGUACAACACAGAAGUGCUAUAUUCGGUGAUUUUAUUUAUGUAAUUUAUGGACCAGAUGUGUAAUUAAUCGAACUCUUCUUUUUUUUUUCCGCAUGAGUGCACUACAACGAAAGCGGCAACUGAGUCCCUACUGCUGUAAAAAAAAAAUCCAUUGGCAAGUGAUCUUUUUGGUAUUUCGUAAAUUGAUUGUCGCCAUUUUUGGUUUCUUGAAAACGGGAAGUUGAAUUUCCGUUACAUCGACGUCGCUUUAUGCAAAUAGGAAAUUGAGAAUUUUAUCAGUGGUUGAAUUCUUGACUGGUCUCUGCUUGCGUUGUUUUUUGAGAGCUCACUCUCUGUUUCGUAGUACCAUAUCUUAGUUCUCGCUUCAUUUUUGGCUUUUUUUGGAUUCCGUAGCUAUAGCUGGCUUUUUUUGGGGGGGUGGGGGUGGGAAGGGAGUCAUUACGGUGUAAUUCAGGUGAGUUUUCAUACUUUUCAUUACAAGGGCUAAUUGUGGGUGUCGAAUGAAAGGACUCUAUGAAGACUAUAGAGCAAUAGGUACGCAGAAGUGGGUAUGUGAAUCAGGGAUGGUGCUGGUGACGCCACGGGAGUUGCCGUUUUUUCCGUAGGUUCAGCUUGCAGUGCAUCCAGGGAGCCCCUUUUGUAAAGCCUUCAGAAAAAGUAUGCAAUUUCUUGCAGUAAUUUUACAUUGGUUCCGUAAGCUGAGGGAUAAAAUAUAAACAAUUUACUGAAUGGCGUUGGUGUCGCUGAUUUUUUUGCUAUGUGUGAUUGUGGGGGCCUUAGAGGUGUUGCCUUUGAGUUCCGUAAGAGUGCAAUUCCUUGCUGCAACUUUGUUGACUCCGUCAUCUGGGGGAUAAAGUGUAGUGCUUUACUCUGUGGAGGUGUUGCGCAUUGUUCUCAAUGUUUGUUUUUGGGGACUAUGAUGGUAACGUUUUUGAGUCCCACACGAACGCAACUUUGAUUUUGUAACCCGAGGGAUAUCGUAUUAACAUUUUACUCUGUGAUGAUGGUUUCGGACAUUUAUAUUUGGUAGUAGGAGCUAUGACGUUAUCACGUUUAAGUCCCGCAAAAACAUAAUUUCUUUCUGGUUGUUUUGAUCUGUAAGCUGAGGGAUAAAUAAAUAAACGUUUAGCCAGUGAUUGUCGCACAUUUUUGCGAUAGUAUUUCUAUUUAGCCUCACAAAUAUGUAAUAACUUGCCACAACAUCAGAUGAGUUUCAAUUCUACAUGCUGAGGGAUGAAGCAUUAACAUUUUGCCCUGACUUUAGUGGCGCACUUUUUUUUGCGAUGGCUUUGGCGGCCAUGAUGGUGUCGUUUUAUUGAGUCCCACAAUUAUGCUACAUCUCAGCGCUACUUCACAUGAGUUGUUUCGACUCUGUAAGCUAAGGAAUGAAGUAUUAGCAUUUUACUUUGUUGCGCAUUUUUCGACGGUUUCAUUUUGGGGUCCGUGACAGUAUCACAUUCGAGUCCCAGUUUACACAUUUAACGCGCACCCUUUUUAGCCAAUCGGCUAUGUAUUUAUCGCACACUAGCACUCGUACAGUCUUAUUGGCUUUGUUGUUUGUGUUAUCGAAACAAAAUGGCAGCAAAUUGAAACUAUUUCAAUUCGAGCGAUCGCUUAUUCGUGCAUUUCAUUCGAAUGUAUUUUUGAAGGUUCAUGAUGAAUUGCGUUUUUAUAAUUUACACACACAUUUUCACCCAACCGCAGCUGUAUAUUUGCCGAUUUAGCUAUUCGUCAGUCAUCUUUAAAGCAUUUUAUGACUUAUUUGCCAAAUUGCAAAACUUUAGUUCGAUCCUCCCAUGCCAGGCCAGUUAAGCUGAAUUUUACUUUAUUUUUUUCACUCAAAAUUCGUAUACUGUCAUGCUAGUGGGCGGGGCUUAACUCUCCAUCAUUUCAAAGUGUAUGUUUACUUGGGUGGAAAGGUACUGUCAGACGUCAUACGCCAAUUUCAAAGGUUUCCUUGUACGCAUAGCAGACCUGCAAAUUAUGACGCCGUUUCUGAACAUGUGAAGCUUGUAAAUAGGGCUUUCGUUUUAAAGGGCUAGGCCUAAUUUGAGAAACGCUUUGUUUUUUAUUUUUAUCCCAACAAAAACACUACAGCCACUCUUUUUGCAAACAUUAAAAUCGAAAUGUGUUAAAAAGUGCUAUGUUCAAGGGCCAUUCUUAACAAGUUUUCCUCCCUGGGUUAGUUAAUGCACUGAAACUACUCGGCAGUAAUGGAGCUAACUCCACUGGUGUAACGUAUCUGUUCCUCCAAACUUGUUCCUGGUACUCGAGAUGAGAGAUGCAGACACUAAUGAAUAGAAAUGACACUUUGGCUUGACGUGAUGGAUGCAUACAAUAUGAAGCUAUCUUUACUUUCUUUUUUUGGAUGUUGAUGCAUUACCUGAACACUUGUAUGUAGGACACUUUAAUAUAAUACAUUUGUUUUUGAUAAAGAUACAUUUUUGUGUAGUGGUGUAUAAAAUCAAAGUAUUGUAUUACUUUGUAAUGUAUUUCUUGUUCAGUUGGUUGCUCUUUUUUUGUUUUUGGUUCUUUUGUUUUUUUUAAGCAUACCAAAUGUAAAUGAUGUACUAUAUUGAGUGUGCCAAUCCCUUUGAUUUGUAGAGCCAGACUCUUUACAAGUGCCAAUGUUGUGGAAAUCAUUUAAAAAAACAAAAAAAAAGGACUUGUGUAUUUUAUGGUCCAGUUUUUAAAAAGAAAUAAACAUUAAGUAUGUGAUUAUGGUAAACGCUCAACAGGAAGAGGACAAUUUUAUUCUGUAUUUAGGAUUAAAGAUUACAAACUGCUGUUUUUAAGAGAAAUGACAUUUUAAUUGCAUGUGUUCGUUUUCGGUGGAGAGGGUCGGGGAAAGAAAUCGUGUUAACGCGAAACCCUGCUGACAAAGGGGCUUAAUUAUUGUUCAUUUACAGUAUUUUAGACAUAUUUCUCUUUUUGUAUGUUUCAUUUCAACCACUGUUGCCUGAACCUCAUUCAUACAUGAAAAUGACUUUCAUAGCCUUCUCCUUUAAAGAAAAAAAUAUCCAUUUUAAAUUGGAAUAAAAUUUGUUCCUAUA